AUGCCACGCAGAUCCCAAAACCAACAAUGGCAACUCGUCACGCGAGUUUUUCUCAGCGCGUCUGUGUUCCUCUUGCUCUUCAAGGCAGCGCAUUGGAACCAUGAAAGAGUUGUCCGGGCAUUGGACUCUACUGAUCUAAGAGAAAUUGCUCAUUUGGGAGAUGGAGGAGCAGGACAACCGCUACGAUCGGCCCUUGAUAUCCCCCCUGGACAAGCUGUCGCCCUCCCAUCCAUUCGGGUUGAGCAAACGGAAGAGGAGAUUGCAAGAGGACAAUACGGAGGCAAAGGCGACAAGAAACAUCUCGGCGGAUUCACUACCUACGAUGGACAAGGCGUCACUCCUCAACUAUGGAAACACAUGAUUUCUGACUUUGGUGUCAAGUCAUUGGUUGAUGUCGGGUGCGGCAAGGGUGACACGCUCUGGUUUUUGGAACAUGGUGUUGACGUUCUUUGCGUGGAAGGCUCGCAUGAUGCAGUAGAGCAAACACUGCUCCCUGACCCUGCUUCUCAAGUUGUAGAACACGACUUUUCACGAGGACCAUAUUGGCCGGCCGAGACGUAUGAUGCAGUGUGGAGUGUGGAGUUCCUCGAACACGUUGGAAGGCAGUUCCAACACAACUAUAUUCAAACAUUUCGAAAAGCAGCGCUGAUCUUUGUAUCCCAUAGUCACUGGGGUGGUUGGCAUCAUGUGGAAGUCCAUGACCAUGAGUACUGGAUUGACAAGUUCGAAGCAUUCGGGUUCAAGUACAGCGGCCAUCUAACAGAACAAGUGAGAAGUAUUGCCAGGACAGAAAGCAACCAACGAGAUGGUCCCUCGGGACCCGACGGAAAACCAUUAAAUGCACAGCAUGUCUGGUUGACCAUGCAAGUGUUUAUCAAUCCGAUGGUAGCAGCUUUGCCCAAACACGCUCAUUUGUUUUCUGAACAUGGUUGCUUCAAAGAACGUGCAGCCAAAGGCAAGAUCAUUCACAAGGAGUGCGGGACGCUUCGAGGAGGCAACACCGAGUCCAAGAUGCCAGAAUCAUUCUAUCCACUCAAACUCACCGCUGAGCAAGACGAAGCUUGGCUUGCAAAGGUGAAGGCGUCAAUCUCCAGCGCUGUAUAG